AUUACAUAUGCUAACUGAUUUUUACCUCAAGAUAAACUCAAAAUAAGAUCGCUCAUUUACGUUACUCAAUCAGCUGUGUAGACACUUUAAAUACACUAUAAACGUCUAAAAAAAUCGUGAUGUUCAAUGUACUAUUUGUCUGCGUACUACAUCAGCUGUUUUCAUGAGAGCGAAAACAGGGCCAUUGUGGCGCGCGGUGACAACACAAAGCUCGUGCUCAGGGACGGGGAAGGUGUCUCACGCGGCUGAUGUCAGUGAUCCGCUGCUAGUUCUUUGUUCGGCCAGUGACUGAAGUUGCUGUAACCUACACCAAAGAUUGUCAUAGGAGUCACAACAUAAGUUGGGAGUGGGAGGCCUCUCCCAACUCCUAUACUAGUCAUCUUCAUUACAAUUAUCGGCCAGAAGUCGACCUCGUUGUUCCUUUGUGCGUAUGACAUAGGACCGUGACAAUGGGCAAUUGUUUGAAGGCUCAAGCAGCAGACGACAUGUCUCUGCUGCCUGGUUCAGAUACAGGAAGAUUUUCUGCAUCAUCAGAUCAACUUGGCAUACCACCUGUGUAUGAUCCUGAGCACCAGCACCACCACCAUCACCAGCAGCAGCAGCCGGAGCGGGCGGCCGUCUACUACCCGUCACCUAGCGUGGUGCGCACGGCCGCUCAGCUCACGGAGGAGGAGCAGGUGAAGAUCGCCAAACGCAUGGGACUCAUCCAGCACCUGCCCUCCGGAACGUACGACGGCGCCGCCCGGAAAAACAAAGAGUGCGUCAUCUGUAUGAUUGAGUUCUCGGUGGGGGAGCGGGUGCGCUACCUGCCCUGUAUGCACACCUACCACACUGAGUGUAUCGACGACUGGCUGAUGCGCAGCUUCACCUGCCCCAGCUGUAUGGAGCCAGUAGACUCGGCGCUCCUCUCCAGCUACGAGACCAGCUAGGUGGCGCCGCUGCCGCAACUCUGUGUAUAACGUCACAGGACUGAGAUGGUGGAGAGACCCCAGUGAUGAGUGCAGCUCUGUCGGAGCGCCGGGAGGGGCGAACCAGGGACGAGCAUUCGGUCCACAGUCGUCACCCCACACCCAUCUCGGCUGAGGCGGCAGGGUGUCAGGGGAUGCUCUGAUAACGUCAUUGUGGAUAACGUCAUUGUGAUGCUGUUUUGACGUCAGUGCGACGUCAGUGCCUGCCAACAGCAGCCUGCGGGCUCGGUGAACGCUCGUCGCCGUGGGGUCUCUUCUGGUGACUGGUGCCGACCAGUGGUGCCCAACAGUGGUGCAGUAGACUGGUGUCAGUACCGGCUACCACUGAGGUAGGUCACUGGUGCUGGCCGUGCCGUAUUGGCGCUCGUUCGGGACGGGAGUCCCCGGCGGUGACUGAUCGGGACAGUCCCGUGCCGCGAGUAGGUCUGGGGAUGUCCCCGGACAAUAGGUGAGGUCCGUAGAGCCGGCAGACUGGGAGCUGUCUUCGGAUUACCGUCACGGGCCGCGCGGCGUGCACCCGGUACCACAAAUGCCUUAGCGGGCAUUUCGUGGGGGCCUGCCGACCACCGCGGCUGCCCGUCGGAGAUGUGUUACUAUAACCGCGACAAUAGAGCGAGAGACUGUGAGCGGGCGGCCGGUGACAAUAUCGAAGGAGUUCACUCACCAGAGACGGACUGGCGCGGACGCACCAACCCGGAACUUCUGGGCCGCCGCGGCACCGGCCGGUGGGAGCGACACAAGGUCGCCAGGUCGCCGUCCGCCGGCCGGCCGACCGCGCCUCAAGGCCGUCGUCUUUCUUCCGUUUCCGCGGCUCCCGACGCUUGCUAGUGCUGUUUUUGGCCGGGGGCGAACUGCGCCCGCCCCCCGGGAUCUCGGUCGCACUCGCCGCGCUGCCCGCCCCACUCGCCGCGCUGCCCGCCCCACUCGUGGUCGUGUUCGUUUUGUCUGUCUGUCUCUGUCUGUCUGUCUGUCUGUGCGGAGUGGUGUAUUGGAGAGCGGGCUGAGGCUAGAGUGGACGGUGGACGUCGGUUCUCUCGGCUUGGACUAGUCGCAUUUCGUGGAGCGGGCAUCAUACAAUUGUGGGCGGGUGGCAUAGAGUUUUAUUUAUUUAUACUCGGCUCCUUUUAGAGGUUUAUGAUAUUUUACGUGGAGCGUCGUAGGUGCGGGUGCUGUGAGCUGAAUGGACUGCCGAAUGGUGCGGAGGGUAGCCGGAGUCAACAGAGGUCACCUGCCGUGACCCGGGGUCACCCGAAAACAGCCGGAGCCACCGGCUAGGUCUCGGUAGAAGUGACCGGUGCGUCUGUAUCUUUAGGGUCAUCUGUAGUCCUUCGAGGUCGGAUAAGAUUACCGUAGGUCCUGACUCCUGACCCAUGGUCGUACGUCAGGUCAGGUCACUCGGGGUCGCCCCAGGUCACCUGGGUCGUCUGCGCUGCCGGGCGGCCAGCCGGCAGCAGUGGCCUGAGCGCGCGAGUCUUUCAUAGCUCUGGAUGCGUCUGUGCGUGCGUACGCUCGCGUGGCUGCGCGUGUGAUGUGUCGUGUCACCAGGGUCGGCGGGCGGGUCUGUCCGGCAGUCCCCCCAUCCAGCCUCCUCGCUCUGCCCGGGACAGAGGGCCAGACGCGCGGGACGCCGCCUCUCGGUGACGGCACGCGGUGUCGUGUGUACGCGCGUGACUUUGUAGUGUCUGUGGCGGUGUUUCACUGGAGAUAUGUAGAAUAAACUGUACCUGACG